AUGGAUGGCAACAAUCAGCCCGUGGUGAACCAGCAGGGACAGCCAAUCCUGAUUGAGCAGGAGAGCUCCAGCGCCAAGAACCUUCGAUGGCUGUUCAGCUUCCUCGCCCUGCAGACAGCAGACAAGGCCAAGCGACUGAUUCAAGAAGCAUACCAGAAGCACGGCGAGAAUGGUGCAUGGGCGUAUCUAGAGCUGCGGAAGCGGUUCAUACCUGAUCGUAUCGUAUGCAAGCACGAGCUCUUGCAGCGAUUCUUCAGCUGGAAGAUGAUCAAGGACGAUCUCGACGACGCCCUUGGCGACUUCAGCUAUCUCGUCAGCCGUCUUCAUGAAGUUGGAUCAACAGUGCCAGACGAGACGAUGAUCGCCGUCAUGCUGUCGGCAUUGCCUGAGAGAUUCGACAUGUUCAAGCAGUGUCCAUCAUCAUUGCCGUAG